AUGCUGUUCAUCUACCUCCUUUCUGGUAUUGUUUUGCCGUUCUCAUUUGCAGCUCCCAGUCUUGAUGCAAGACAAGAUGACCUGUCUUCCUUUAUCGCCGUGGAACAGCCAAUCGCCCUUGCCGGCGCUCUAGCAAAUAUCGGCGGUCUGAGCUCAACCUGGGUUGAGGGCGCCAGUCCUGGCAUGGUCGUCGCCUCACCUUCCACAGUGAACCCGAAUUAUUUCUACAGCUGGACACGCGAUUCCGCGCUGACCUACGCCAUGAUCAUCGACGAAUUGAUAUUGGGCAAUACGAGUCUCCGCAAGACCAUUGAAGAUUACACGCACGCUCAGGCUGUCCUGCAAACGAUCGCCAACCCAUCAGGCUCGCUUUGGCCAUACGGCAAUGGCUUGGGUGAACCAAAAUUCUACACGAACAUAACGACUUUCACUGGCGCCUGGGGUCGUCCUCAACGUGAUGGGCCAGCUUUGCGAGCCAUAGCGUUUAUGAACCUGGCCCCAGUCUUGUUCAAUCUGGAUGAGACAGACACGUUCCUCGAGAUCUACUGGCCUUUGAUCCUUAACGACUUGAACUACGUCGGUCAGUAUUGGAAUGAGACAGGCUUCGACCUAUGGGAAGAAGUGCAAGGCUCAUCAUUCUUCACCAUCUCGGUUCAACAUCGCGCCCUCGUUCAAGGCGCUCUCUUAUCGCAGCAACUCAACACCACUUGUGCGGCUUGCGACCAAGCUCCGCAGAUUCUGUGCUUUCUCCAGAACAACUUCUGGAAUGCUGCCGAUGGCUUUCUCAUUGCAGACAUCAACACCGACAUCGAUCGUAGCGGUAUCAACGCCGACCCCAUCCUCGCAAGCAUUCAUGUCUUCGACGCAGAUGCGAGUUGUGAUGCCGGUGACUACCAACCCUGCAACUCGCAAAUGCUAGCCACGCACAAAACCCUCGUGGACAGUUUUCGCAAAUUGAACUGGCCAGUGAACCAGAAUGCUUCAACCACCGACGCAAUCCUAAUAGGCCGAUAUCCUGAGGACGUAUACUUCGACGGUGGAGCGUGGCCGCUAUGCACGCUGGCCCUCGCAGAAAUGCUCUACGAUGCCGUCGCGCAAAUCAAUCGUACCGGAACACUUAACGUCAACGAUAUCAAUCUGGGAUUCUUCCGCGGCGUCAGUCCCGACGUAGCAGUGGGCACGUACACAGGCGACGCGAUGAGUGCGAUUCUGAUAAACGUCACCACCUACGCGGAUGGCUUUGUGAGUGCCGUUCAAGCCCAUCUGCCCACCAACGGCAGUAUCAGUGAACAAUUUGACCACAACACGGGCGAAUCCACAUCGGCAUCCAAACUCACAUGGUCGUUUGCAUCGUUCGUGACCAUGGCACGCCGUCGGGCCGGACAAUUCCCUCCCUCGUGGGGCGCUGGUUCAUCGCAGGGAACGACGAACUUGACGGCCGACCAGUGUCAGUCGUCAAGCUACGAUGCCACAGGCCAGUAUCUGCCCGCUAUCGCUGCAGGCGCACCUUGUUUAUCGGAGGUUUUGUUUACUAUCAACGCAACGACAACUUUCGGCCAGGAAGUGUACGUCGUGGGCAACGUAACGCAGUUGGGCGGAGUCCUUGGUGACGCUGCGAGCGUGGUCGUGCAUUUGGAUGCGGCGAAUUACACUGCCAGUCGACCGGAGUGGUUUGUCGAUACGAUGAUGCCUGCCGGGGAGGUUGUUGCGUAUCAGUAUGUCCUGCUGACUGGUGGAGAGUGGGUGUUCGAUUCGCAGGUCAGGAGUGUGGUGGUACCUGGGUGCGGGAGUGGAGGGGUCGUCACGACGAACGAUGCAGUGGACUUCUCCUGA